AGCCCAGUUUAGAACUGAGACAGCAAGAAAGACAAGGAGCACCACCGAACAGCAAUGGCAUCUUUAGGGCUGCAGAUUCUGGGCGUCGGGCUGGCGGUGCUGGGAUGGAUUGGAAACAUACUGAUCUGUAUGCUGCCUCUGUGGAAGGUGUCUGCUUUCAUUGGGAACAACAUCGUGGUGGCUCAGACUAUCUGGGAAGGACUGUGGAUGACCUGUGUGGUGCAGAGCACUGGCCAGAUGCAGUGCAAGGUCUACGACUCCCUGCUGGCCCUGCCUCCGGACCUCCAGGCGGCUCGGGCUAUGGUGGUCAUCGCCAUCCUGUUCUCUCUGUUCGGCCUGCUGCUGUCUGUGGUUGGAGGGAAAUGCACCACCUGUGUUGGGGACAAGGUAGCAAAAGCCAGAGUGGCCAUGUCCGCAGGUGUUUUCUUCAUCCUGAGUGGAGCUCUGUGUCUGGUGACUGUGUCUCUGCCUGCUAAUACUAUCAUAAAGGACUUCUACAACCCCAUGGUCCCAGACGCCCAGAGGAGGGAGCUGGGUGCGUGUUUGUACAUGGGCUGGGGAGCAUCAGGACUACUGCUGAUCGGUGGUACUCUCCUCUGCUGUCAGUGCCCGACAGGAGGAGACCGGUAUAAUGGAGCAAAGUACUCUGCGCCUAAAUCCACAACGCCCGGGAAGGAAUUUGUCUGAGUAGCUGCAUUACAUGAGAAGCAGCACCCUUUGAAAAGCACCUGACUUUACAUACAGCACAAACCUGUUGCUUAUCAAUUUCUGAUUUGCAUUGUGACUAACUUUUGACUAACACAUUGUGGCCUUUUGUUUCUGUGACAUGCAAGAGACCCUAUAAGACAUGUGCCAUGUUACAAUAACGCAACAUGAAGUUAAGAUUGAAACUUAAUUUGUUUGUUUUGUUUUCUGUUAUAAUUUCGAUAUUAAUUCACUCUCAGACUCUUCUGAUGUUUUCAUUCAUCUUCUUUUGUGCAACAUAAGCACUUCAGAAAAAGUCAUGUAUUCAUCGUGUGAUUUGUUUUCAUUCAGACA